AUGGCCGCCGUUUUAGAAAGACCUUUGAACGGUCUUGCCUCUGUUUUGGCGUUUAUUGGCUUUAGCUAUGCUGACUCUUCCUCAAAUUUGGUCAACUAUUACCAUUCAUCAAGUGCUAAAUCUCCUUGGGUUCAAGUUGAUGAUUUUUCAAAAAUUUCUCAAGAUGCUGAACAUUUUGAUGUUAUCCCAUUCCAAUUCAAAAGAGGUGGUGUAUUAGAAUUGCCAGAGAUUGCUAAUUCUUAUUCUUCAGAUGAUGAACAAGUUAAGUUCUUAAUCACAAAGGAAAAUGAAACUACUGAUGCUGAAAUUACUCAAUUAAUUUCUUCAGAUGGUACUGUUUGGAAAUUUAGAGAUUUCCAUGCUAAACUUGGUAAAUACUCUGAUCUAAUCAUCAAAGGUUAUAACAAGGUUAGUAAAUUGAUUUUAGGUGCUGAACCAUUCGAUAUUGCUAUCGUUACUGUUGCUUAUUUAGCAAUGUGGUAUACUUUUAUCUCAUUAUUUCUUGAUAUGAGAAAGGCAGGUUCAAAAUUCUGGUUAGCAUUUUCAGCUUUGGUUUCUUCAUUCUUUGCAUUCUUGUUCGCAUUAUAUGCUACUACAAGAUAUCUUGAAUUACAGAUCCCAGUUUUAAGUAUUACUGAAGGUGUUCCAUUUCUUGUUGCAACUAUUGGUUUCAAACACAAAAUUGCAUUAACUACAAAGCUAUUGACUAAAUAUUCAAGUCAAGAAUACCACAAGCACGGUACACCAAGUUGUUUAUAUUUGGCCAUCAAAGAACAAGGUUCCGCCUUGUUACAUGAUCAUUUGCUCGUUAUCACUGCAUUUAUUGGCUGUUCAUUCUAUGCUUCUCACUUGGAAGGCUUGAGAAAUUUCUGUAUCUUUUCAGCAUUGAUUUUAUUUUUUGAUCUGUUGACUACUGUCACUUUUUAUGCUGGUAUUUUAUCAUUGAAAUUGGAAAUCAACUUGAUUCACAGAUCAACAAUUAUCAAACAAGCUUUACAAGAAGAUGGUUUAACUCAAGAAACCGUUGAUGAAGUUUUGAGAUCUGAUGAGGAUGCUUCAAAAGUUUAUAUUGAUGACAAUACCAAUUCUGCAGUCACUGCAGCUAAAAUUGGAGCAAUUGUUUUAUUUUUUGGAUUCCACAUUUAUGGAUUAGGUUCAGCUUGGUUGUCAGAUUUAGGUGCUAAUUCGGAGUACAAUGAUUCAUUCUCUUUGGACGAAACAUUAUUUGCAAAUAUUCCAAUCGGUUCAAAAGGUACCUUAGUUAGUGUUCAUCCUGCAAGAUUUUUCUUACCAUCAAAAGUUUCUAUUCAAAUUGAAGAUUAUAUUCUAUCCACUAUUGGUUAUAUCAGUGCUGCCAUCCGUGACAAAUAUAUUUCAAAGUUUGUAUUGUUCGCAUUCGCAAUCAGUGUUACUAUUAACGUUUAUUUAUUAAACGCUGCUCGUAUUCAUUCAUCAAGCGUUGAAUCAGAUAUUGAAAAGAAUAAAUCACAAAAACUUGCCAAAUCAGCCAAACCAACUCCUACUAAAAAAGUUGAAUUUGAACCAAAAAUUUCAAAUAAUUCAUCAUCAAAUGAAUCAGAUGUUACAAAAUCUUCAGAAAUUAUUCCAACUUCAGAUAAUGAAACUGUUGAAGCUCGUCCAUUAGAUAAAAUUGUUGAAUUAUUCAAAGAUGGUAAAGUUAAAUCAUUACAAAAUGAGGAAGUUGUUUCAUUAGUUACUAAUGGUAACUUGCCAUUAUAUGCAUUAGAAAAACAAUUGGGUAACACUACUCGUGCAGUUGAAGUUCGUCGUAAAGCUAUUGCCAAAUUAGCAGGUGCUCCAGUUUUAGAAACAAGCAAAUUACCAUAUUUGCAUUACGAUUAUGACCGUGUCUUUGGUGCUUGUUGUGAAAAUGUUAUUGGGUUCAUGCCAUUACCUGUUGGUAUUGCCGGUCCAUUGAUUGUUGAUGGUACACCAUAUCAUAUUCCAAUGGCUACUACUGAAGGUUGUUUAGUUGCAUCAGCUAUGCGUGGUUGUAAAGCUAUUAAUUUAGGUGGUGGUGUCCAAACUGUGUUAACAAAAGAUGGUAUGACUCGUGGUCCUUGUGUCUCAUUCCCCUCAUUGAAAAGAGCUGGUGCUUGUAAGAUUUGGUUGGAUUCUGAAGAAGGUCAAGCUAGUAUCAAAAAAGUGUUCAAUUCCACUUCAAGAUUUGCACGUUUACAACAUAUUCAAACUGCUUUAGCAGGUGAUUUGUUAUUUAUUCGUUUCCGUACCACCACUGGUGAUGCCAUGGGUAUGAAUAUGAUCUCUAAAGGUGUUGAAUUUGCUUUAAAACAAAUGGUUGAGGAAUUUGGUUGGGAUGAUAUGCAAGUUAUUUCAGUCUCUGGUAAUUACUGUACUGAUAAAAAACCAGCAGCUAUCAACUGGAUCGAAGGUCGUGGUAAAAGUAUUGUUGCUGAAGCUAUUGUUCCAAAAGAAGCUGUUGAAAAAGUUUUGAAGAGUGAUGUUGGUGCAUUAGUUGAAUUAAACAUCAGUAAGAACUUGAUUGGUUCAGCUAUGGCUGGUUCAGUCGGUGGUUUCAAUGCACAUGCUGCUAAUAUUUUGACAGCUGUCUAUUUGGCAUUAGGUCAAGAUCCUGCACAAAAUGUUGAAAGUUCUAAUUGUAUAACGUUGAUGAAAGAAACUCAAGAUGGUGAUUUACAAAUUUCAGUCUCUAUGCCAUCUAUUGAAGUUGGUACUAUUGGUGGUGGUACAAUUUUAGAUCCUCAAGGUUCAAUGUUGGAAUUAUUAGGUGUCAGAGGUCCAGCUUCAGUUCCUGGUGCUAAUGCUCAACAAUUGGCCAAGAUCAUUGCAUCUAUUGUUUUGGCUGGUGAAUUAUCAUUAUGUAGUGCUCUAGCAGCAGGUCAUUUGGUUCAAAGUCAUAUGCAACAUAACAGAGCUGGUGCUACUAAGAAAUGAGCUUGAAAAGAAAAAGAAGAAAAAGUUUUAAAUUGAAAAGUCACACUAUGUUUUUUUUUGUAUCAUUUUUGCAUUUAUAUUGUUGUUAG